AUGAGGCGCUGCCCGUGCCGUGGGAGCCUGAGCGAGGCGGAGGCCGGGGCGCUGCCCGCGGCGGCCCGCAUGGGACUGGAGGCGCCGCGAGGAGGACGGCGGCGGCAGCCGGGACAGCAGCGACCUGGGCCCGGCGCAGGGGCCCCGGCGGGGCGGCCGGAGGGGGGCGGACCCUGGGCCCGGACCGAGGGGUCCAGCCUCCACAGCGAGCCCGAGAGGGCCGGCCUCGGGCCUGCGCCGGGGACAGAGAGUCCGCAGGCAGAAUUCUGGACAGACGGACAGACGGAGCCCACGGCAGCUGGCCUUGGAAUAGAGACCGAGAGGCCCAGGCAAAAGACGGAGCCAGACAGGUCCAGCCUCCGGACGCAUCCAGAAAGGAGCUGGUCAGAGCUGGAGACGACUUGUCUUUGGACGGAGACCGGGACAGAUGGCCUUUGGACUGAUCCGCACAGGUCCGACCUCCAGUUUCAGCCUGAGGAGGCCAGCCCCUGGACACAGCCAGGGGUUGAUGGGCCCUGGACAGAGCUGGAAACGCAUGGGUCACAGACUCAGCCAGCGAGGGUCAAGUUCUGGACUGAUAACCUCUGGACCCACCAGAACAGUUCCAACCUCCAGACUCACCCAGAAGGAGCCUGUCCCUCAAAAGAGCCAAGUGCUGAUGGCUCUUGGAAAGAAUUGUAUACUGAUGGCUCCAGGACACAACAGGAUAUUGAAGGUCCCUGGACAGAGCCAUAUACUGAUGGCUCCCAGAAAAGACAGGAUACUGAAACAGCCAGGAAACAGCCUGGCACUGGUGGUUUCCAAAUACAACAGGAUACCGAUGGCUCCUGGACACAACCUAGCACUGACGGUUCCCAGACAGCACCUGGGACAGACUGCCUCUUGGGAGAGCCUGAGGAUGGCCCAUUAGAGGAACCAGAACCUGGGGAAUUGGUGACUCACCUGUACUCUCACCUGAAGUGUAGCCCCCUGUGCCCUGUGCCCCGCCUCAUCAUCACCCCUGAGACCCCUGAGCCUGAGGCCCAGCCAGUGGGACCCCCCUCCCGGGUUGAGGGGGGCAGCGGCGGCUUCUCCUCUGCCUCUUCCUUCGACGAGUCUGAGGAUGACGUGGUGGCCGGGGGCGGAGGUGCCAGCGAUCCCGAGGGCAGGUCUGGGAGCAAACCCUGGAAGAAGCUGAAGACAGUUCUGAAGUAUUCGCCCUUCGUGGUCUCCUUCCGAAAACACUACCCUUGGGUCCAGCUUUCUGGACAUGCUGGGAACUUCCAGGCAGGAGAGGAUGGUCGGAUUCUGAAACGUUUCUGUCAGUGUGAGCAGCGCAGCCUGGAGCAGCUGAUGAAAGACCCACUGCGACCUUUCGUGCCUGCCUACUAUGGCAUGGUGCUGCAGGAUGGCCAGACCUUCAACCAGAUGGAAGACCUCCUGGCUGACUUCGAGGGCCCCUCCAUUAUGGACUGCAAGAUGGGCAGCAGGACCUAUCUGGAAGAGGAGCUAGUGAAGGCACGGGAACGUCCCCGUCCCCGGAAGGACAUGUAUGAGAAGAUGGUGGCUGUGGACCCUGGGGCCCCUACCCCCGAGGAGCAUGCCCAGGGUGCAGUCACCAAGCCCCGCUACAUGCAGUGGAGGGAAACCAUGAGCUCCACCUCUACCCUGGGCUUCCGGAUCGAGGGCAUCAAGAAGGCAGAUGGGACCUGUAACACCAACUUCAAGAAGACGCAGGCACUGGAGCAGGUGACAAAAGUGCUGGAGGACUUCGUGGAUGGAGACCACGUCAUCCUGCAAAAGUACGUGGCACGCCUAGAAGAACUUCGUGAAGCUCUGGAGAUCUCCCCCUUCUUCAAGACCCACGAGGUGGUAGGCAGCUCCCUCCUCUUCGUGCACGACCACACCGGCCUGGCCAAGGUCUGGAUGAUAGACUUCGGCAAGACGGUGGCCUUACCCGACCACCAGACGCUCAGCCACAGGCUGCCCUGGGCUGAGGGCAACCGUGAGGACGGCUACCUCUGGGGCCUGGACAACAUGAUCUGCCUCCUGCAAGGGCUGGCACAGAGCUGAGCUGCUGAGCCACCAUCAGGUUAAUUGGAUGGUGCCAGUCUGGCUGGAGGAGCCCUGAGAUGCCAUGGGGGGCCUGAGGUUGGCCAUGGGGGAGCUGGCCCCCAGGGACGGGAGAGAUUCUGUCAUGUGCCACAUGAGACAAACGUGGAAAGGUCUGAAGGGCCUUGGGAGACCAGGUAGCACCUGGCCCCAUCAUGAUGCAGGGGUUUUGGGGACCUGGAAGGAACGUGAUGAGGCAGUGAGUCAGAAAAACCAGAAGGGGGUUCCCCGAUCUGCCGGGAAGGCUUCUGAGGGGCUGCCCUGAGAGCAUUCAGUUCAUAUGUCACAGGGUAUGGUGUGACAGGGUGCCUGUGGACACACGAAUCACUUCUAACCUGCCUCCCUGUCAGCCUCCAGGCUGCCAGCUGGCUGAGGCUGGGGACUGGGUCAGGCUCAUCUGUGGCGCCUCAGAGGGUCAGGCAUCGGUGGUGGUGAACAGAUGCAGGCACUGCUGGACCAUCUGGGGAGAGUGACAGUCCAUGUCUUCACCAGGGAGCCAUUUGAGUGCUGAGUGACAAGAGGCUCAGAGGGCAUGACCCCAUGGGACUGGGCGUGGCCUGAGGGCUGAUACUGCUGGGCAGUAUCCUGCCCUGCUGUGGCCCUGUGGGAUCCUCCGUGUUCCUCAGAGGACUCUGCUGACCUCCUGCAGACCCAAACCACAGCCACAUCCCAGCUUCUGUGCCGGCACUGUGACAGUACCUCGCUCCUCUGUGUACCAGAUCCGGCCUCAGGACUUACACUUCCUGCCUGACCCCCAGGCUUCUCUCUCCUUUCUCCCAGCAAACUGCAGUGGCAGAAAGGAGGUUGAGAGGCUGGGAAAGCAGGCCUCCCCUUGCGACUCAGAGCUGCUACACUCAGGAGGGCCCCAUACAAUCCUGGGCCCCUGCAGGGAAAAGCGCUGGGUGUGUGUCAGAGGUGCAGGGUGGGUGGGGCUGCCAGCCAGGACCCUGGCCUGCAGCCUGAUCCAAACCAAAGACUGUAGAACCCUGGGGUGUGGCUAACGGCUCCUCCAGCACCCAUAGCCAGGUCUUCCUGGCCCUUGAGGCUGGGCUGGCGGACAGGCACCUACCUCUUCCUUAAGCUGAAGCUCCCACACUGUCUUCCAGGGCUGAGGAGUGAGCCUCAGGAGUGAUACCUGAGCCCCAAUGGAGAACGCUCUCCUUUUCUACUGACCAUCUUGAUACUUAAUAUACGAGAGGCAGUUGCUGGACGGGGUAGUACUGGAAAGCAGGAGGCAGAAUGGCUCUGCUGAGCCUCCUACCCAUGACAACACCCCAAUAAACAGGACAUUCACAGCCAA